UUUCCUCUUCUACCAUCUCCACAAACUCCAAACAUCUCUCUCUCUCACGAAAUUGCAGAAGAAGAAGAAGAGUCAUGAAUGGUGAAGAAAGCUUUGUAGAAGAUUGCUCUGUUUUUGUUGAGAUUGAUCCUUCUGGAAGAUAUGGAAGAUACGGUGAAGUACUUGGCAAAGGAGCUUCAAAGACAGUAUACAGAGCUUUUGAUGAGUAUGAAGGGAUUGAAGUAGCAUGGAACCAAGUAAAGCUUCGAAAUUUCACAAGGAAUCCUGAGGAAUUAGAGAAAUUCUUCAGAGAGAUUCAUCUUCUCAAGACUUUGAAUCAUCAAAACAUUAUGAAAUUCUACACUUCUUGGGUUGAUUCUAACAAUUUAUCAAUCAAUUUUGUCACUGAACUCUUCACCUCUGGUACUCUUAGACAGUAUAGGUUGAGACAUAGAAGAGUGAAUAUUAGAGCAGUGAAGCAAUGGUGCAAGCAGAUUUUAAAAGGGCUUCUUUAUUUACAUAGUCGUUCUCCACCAAUUAUUCAUAGAGAUCUUAAAUGUGAUAACAUUUUUAUCAAUGGAAACCAAGGUGAAGUCAAGAUCGGCGACCUUGGACUCGCUGCGAUUCUUCGUAAAUCACAUGCCGUUCGUUGCGUUGGAACCCCUGAGUUUAUGGCUCCAGAAGUGUAUGAUGAGGAGUAUAAUGAGUUGGUUGAUGUAUAUGCUUUUGGAAUGUGUGUGUUGGAGAUGGUUACUUUCGAUUAUCCUUAUAGCGAAUGUACUCACCCGGCACAAAUCUACAAGAAAGUUACCUCGGGGAAAAAGCCUGAAGCUUUUUACUUAGUGAAGGACCCUGAGGUUCGUGAGUUUGUUGAGAAGUGUUUAGCUACUGUGACGUGUAGGCUAACGGCAUUGGAGCUUUUACAAGACCCUUUUCUACAAGAAGAUAAUGUGGAUGGAUUUGAUAUGAGACCUAUUGAUUACUACAAUGGUUAUGAUGAAACUGGUGUGUUCCUUAGACAACCUUUGAUUGAUGAUCCUCUUUACCAUGAUCAGUUUGAGUCGUCACAGAUAUGUGAGAUCGAUCUUUUCGCUAACGAUGAUGAAGAUCAUGUCGACAUUUCGAUUAAAGGGAAGAGAAACGGCAAUGAUGGGAUAUUCUUGAGGCUUAGAAUCUCUGAUGCAGAAGGACGGAUAAGGAACAUUUACUUCCCGUUUGAGACAGCUAUUGAUACUGCAUGGAGUGUAGCGGCUGAGAUGGUAUCAGAGCUCGACAUAACGAAUCAAGAUGUUGCGAAAAUCGCAGAGAUGAUCGAUGCAGAGAUUGCUGCAUUGGUCCCUGAUUGGAAAACUGAUACAGAAAGUUCCUCAAAUGUGAACAACAACAACAACAACACUGCAGGAUUCUGUGGAGAGUGUGCUUCAAACGGGUAUAUACAAGAGACUGUUUCAUCAGGAGAAAAAUCUCAUCAUAAUCAUCAUGAGUUCGAUAGUUCGGACGACAAGAGCUGUUCUUCGGUUCACGGUAGGUUUGCGGAUAUAUGGGGUUUGAGAGAUUCAUAUUCUGAUGAUGGAGAAAAACAGAGCUCAAGGAAAGUCAGAAGUGGGCAGUGGUCGGAGAAUGAGAUGAGACGAGAACUAAGAUGGCUUAAGGCAAGGCAUAGGAUUCAGCUUAUGAAAGUAAGAGGUCAAACGAUCUGCGAGACACCGAUGGAGAUCACUGUCACGCCGGGAACUUCAGCUUCGUUACCUCUUCUUUACAGGGCGAUAUCCCUUCCUGUGGAUGCUGUGGAUAUGUGACAUUGUAAAGUCUGAUUAUAGUUAUCACAUAUAUUUGUAUGUUUCGACAUUUUUAACUUUUGCUAAGUUAAAAGUUAAUGAUAUAGUACUUAUUCAAAGAGAAGAAGAGUAAAUGAAAGACAUAAAUUAGGCAUUGUAAA